ACUUGUUCACGCACUACAUCGCUGGCAAACCCUUGGCCGACUGCAGCGUUUCCGUUUUGAGCGGAGCUCUUUUAUCUGCAGAUCUUUUGUUGGAGGUUUUGAAUGUUUCCCGAGACCUCAACAUUCGGCGCGAGCUGGUGCUUCAACUGUCCCGCAUGAGGCAAAGGCUUCUGUGCGGACCAAUUCAGCGUUUUCUGCGGUCGAUUCACCGUCGGCGACCUGGGGCAGUCCGCGCUUUGCAGUUGAGAAGUGCUGAACAUAUUUGGUUGGUUUACAAAGAGGAGACAAUUUACAUUGUCCACCGCUUCGUCUGCUCGGACGUCCUUCGGUUCAGUUUGACUCUGCAGUACUGCCGGGAAAUUGCCAAAACAACUACUGAGGGGCCCAAACGCUUAUCUGCUGCCUCUGCUGCAGCAGAAGUCCCUGAGGCCCUGCGGGGUGAAAUCGAGGAUGGAGACUUCCCAGCGGAUGAGCUAGCGGUGUUUUUGCUUCUCGGCAUCCCCGCGCACAUUUUCUCUGGGGACUUUUCAGCGGCCACGAGAAGCCUGCGGGCUCUUACUCUAAGUGAAAUGGUCAUAUCGGUGCAGCCUCACGUGGAAGAAGUUGUCAAGAGAGAACUCUUGAGGUUUUGGAGACUUUUAGAAACCCACUAA